UCAACAAACAUUAUUUUUCUUCACAAUAACUUAUCUUUAACUCUGAUACCUCCGCACAGUUCAAUUCAGAAAAGCGGUUCUGAAAAAAAGUUGAGAGCUUUGCCAAAAAAGCCGGUAGGGUUUAUCCAAUUUUCCGAUAUACAAUGUCGUCGCCGGCGAACCCCCAAAAUCCCGAAUCGGAGUCCGAAAUCGAGAAUAUUCCGGGCCCUAACCCUACUGUUACUUCCGAUUCACUAGUCACGGCCAAUCCGUCGAGUCCUCCGCUUGUAUGCCUCUUUAAAUUUGCCGGUGAUUCCGCCGCCGGUGGUUUGAUGGGCUCCAUUUUUGGCUACGGUUCUGGAUUGAUUAAGAAGAAGGGUUUUAAGGGUUCCUUUGUCGAGGCAGGAUCUUCCGCCAAGACGUUUGCAAUUUUAUCUGGCGUGCACAGUUUAGUCGUCUGCUUUAUGAAGAGACUACGUGGGAAAGAUGAUGUCUUAAAUGCAGGAGUUGCUGGAUGUUGCACCGGCCUUGCUCUAAGCUUUCCAGGUGCGCCUCAGGCUUUACUGCAGAACUGUUUGACUUUCGGGGCGUUCUCGUUUAUUAUCGAAGGUCUAAACAAACAGCAACCGGCACUUGCUCUCCCGUUUUCGACGAGUGCUGUUGACAGGCAACAGUACGGCGUGCUUCCUCCGUUGGCAUUUCCGAUACCGAACGAGCUCAAGGAAUCUUUCUCUUCGUUUUGUCGGUCUAUUAGAAAAUGAGGCCUCGAUUUUCUUGUAUUGAAUUUUCUUUUUUUUUCAUGAGAAUGACAACUUUGUUUUUUUCCCUGUCUUAUGUAGAAUGUUUGGACAUGUUAGAAGUUGCAUUGUAAAUUUAUUUUACAUUGAGAUUUUGGAAGAUGAUUUAUUUUGUGGCUUCUUUUUGUGAUGA